AUGAAUUCCUUCCCACUUCUUCUGACAUUGCUCAUCGCCUCUUCUGGCGUGACAGCAACGAAAUUUCCGAGCUGCGCGCCUUUCCCUUCCUCAUUAAUUGAAUUUUCGUCCGGAUUCAAAGAGCCUUUGGCCCCGUUAGUGAGGGACGAAUACACGGCGAACUUCAUCCAGCACAAGUGGAACCGCAAUCUGUCCCACAUUACAGCAGGCUAUAUCAGCAACUCGCCAUCCGUUGGUAUUGUCGUGGCUGACGAAGCCUCCGAUAGUGGUUUGGCCUCGUCGCUCUUCAAUUAUGCCAACACCACUCAGGAUGGUCUAGUGGACAACACUCUGAAAAGCUAUUCGAGCAACUCAAGUGCCGUGGAAGUCUGGAGGGGAUAUGUCAACUCAGGCUUUCCGUUGUUUUCACAGGACUUCCUGGUGACUAACAAUGCCAUCUUCGGUGGACUGGUUAAGCGGCGAUUCAAUGAAGGCUACGUGGCAUCAUGGAACAUUAUGUACCAAGGUGCGAUUCCAGUCACAGUAUACGUCAAUAAUUGUAACUGCGUUGUUGGCUAUGAUUUCUUUGCCACUGGGGAGCGGACCAAAGUGAUCACUGAAUACUUCAAUAUCCAAUCCAAAUCUUAG